CCAAAAGGAAUAUUCGGUUUUGUUCUUGUUUCAGGGUUUCCAAUGCCUUCUAGUCUGAGUCUUAUAGUAAUGGACUGCUUUUUUCUGAGGUAAGCGUUCUGACCUCAGGACAGCCCGAGUUAAACCGGCUGGCUCGCAUGCGACCGUUUGACGAUGGCUGGGGUUCUCACUAUGUCUGCAACGGUAGAGGAUUAUAAUAUCCCGCCAUGCAAGAAAUUGAGGAAAGAUGAAGAUCCUCCAAGCAAAACAAUCACCAACUAUUUUUCGCCAGUCUCAAGGAAUACAGAGAAAGUAUUUUCAUCUCCUAGGUCAAGCAACAUUACAGAUUAUUUUAAAAAGACAUCUCCUGCAAGUUACAAAGAAAAGACAACAUCUAGUAAGAUAAAGUGUAAUGUUGAUAAACAGACAGAAGCAAUCAAUGAAAUACAAUUAUCUCCAACCCUUGGGUCUUCAAAGGCAGCAAGCAAACUUAAAAAACGGGGAAAAAGAAUUAAUUUAAGUAGGAGGUUAAGUGACUUAAACCAAAAAAGUGAAACUGAUGUCACUGGUGAAAUUGACGACAAUGAAAAAGAUACAGUCGAGGAUAUUCAUGAGAUAACUAGUUUUAUGGGUAGUGAUACUGCUGCCUUGCUUGCAGAGAUUUGUAGCAAUAAAGAGGAUCUGGACAAUCAAGAGUAUCCUGAAAAAUCAAUUUCCCAAACUGAAGAUAGAAUGGCUAAAAAAUCUCAAACUGAUAAAAAAAAUUGCUCAAAAAGAAGGAAACGCAAGCGAGAUCAAGAUACAGAAGUGCACACAAAUAUUGAAAUAAAUGAGGAAAUCGAAGACCCUGGUACUUUUUUAGAAAGCAAGAGUACACUUGGUGACUCAAGUUUGGAUGUAAAUGUAGGCGAAUCAUCUUGUGGAAAUGAUAGUGUAGAAAUUGUAUCAUUUGAAGAUUUUGUGAAAAGUCGUGAAGAAAAGGAUGCUGAUGACGAUGUACCUGAGUGUUCGUUUAAAACAGAUAACCAGGAAAAUGCUGCUUCUGAGCUGAGUAAUAAAGAUUAUUCACAAGAACCAUCACCUAAAACUGUGACUGUGCAUGCACAAGUUCAUUUAUCACCUCCACUUCAUAAUUCCUUUUUACAAAAGGAUACAGCUCCCAAAAAGAUUGCUGCAAUCUUCAUAAAGAAGAAAGAUGAAAAAAAAAUAGUAGAAAUUUCAUCCAUUGUGCAGGAACCAGGAGAUCAAAUUAUUCAGAAAAGAAAAUCAAAUGUAGUUAUUUCAGAAGAUGAGUUGGAAUUAGCUGUACUUGAAACAGAAAAUGUUGAAACUGUCAAACAUAAGAGUACCACAGAAGAAAGGCAACAGUUUAUGAAAGCAUUUAAACAACCAACGGACGUGGUAAAAAAUGGAGGAAAGAAGUGUCUUUCUAAACAGAAGGACUCGCAUGACCAAUCUAAAGAAGUUGGUCAUGGGCCAUGUACAGAUCUUUCUGAAGAAUCAUCUGUAACUCUUGUGAAUGAAGAAUCUCAGGAAAUUUUUAAAGAAUGUAAACCAGGAAAAGCUAAGAAAUUAAAGAGAACGGUGAAAGAGCAGCAAACUGCAAAUCUAAACACUCCCAUAGAGAAAAGCAGAAAUAGAAAAAACUCGAAACCACCCAAAAACUCGGAGAGAUGUAAACCGCUAAACACCAAUGAUAAGGAAGUAUCAGAACCACCUGUGACUAGUGUUAGUCCUGGUUUAAGGAGGAGCUCUAGAUACCAGAAAUCGGAAAAUUCAGCUGGAAAAUCAGCAGCAAAAUGUGUUUCUAAUAUUGAGGAUCCAGUACAAAUGUCAACACCCAAAGUGAAAACGUCUUCCAGAAAAAAUGAUAUUUACAGAGUUGAAGUCCUAUCUAAUUCUCCUGAAGUACAAAGCCCAAUAAGAAUGAGAUUUACAAGACUAAGUGCCAGACGUCGAGGAAGACCUAGUUCUUUAUUGGAAGGUGAAGUGUUUACUCCUAGAAGUACAAAGGACACAGGCAGCACCAAGAAAAUAAAGAAAGCUAAACAGCUCAUUGAGAAAGCAAAGGCCAUUCAACAAAAUAUAUCAAAGACUGAGACUCCUAAGCGGCGGUCAUCUAGACAACCUUCAUUGAAAAAAAAUAUUUCAGAGGAUUGUGUUAUUGUGGUUGAGAAUUCACCAGAUAAAAAUGCCAGCAGCAAACAGAUAACUGGAAAGAAAACUUUGAGGAGUUUAAAUGAUGUGCUUGGAAAGAGAGCUAAAGAAACAAAGUCUGUUGCGUCAGCUGGGCAAAUGAAAGCUUCUGAGAAGAGAUUGAAAAAACCUUCUCACAUUACAAUUAUAGAUGAUAGUAGCUUAGAAGCAUCUGAAAAUUCUCAGGAUGAUGAACAGUUCAAAUCAAAACGUGAAUUUCUUAUGAGUGGUUUACCAGAUUCGCUAAAGCGACACAUAGCAAAAUCUGCAGCUAUUAUUGAAGCGUAUUCUCUGUUAAGUUCAUCUUUCCAGAAUGUGGUGCAUGUGCAACAGAAGGAUGAUUGCUUGAUGUGGAAUUUGGUAAUACCCUCUUGUCCUCUGAUCACUGGAAUGGAUUGGAGUACUACAUUAUCUGUUUUUCCCAAGCUCACCCUUUCACUUGGUGAGUUUACUGAUGUGACCACCAAACAACCCUCCAUCCGACUUCAUGAAAACUUAUUGAACAGGAGAAGGGAAGAAUUUUCUGAAUCUGUUCAAGAAUGUCUUUUAGAAGAAAUUAGCUCGGCUAAUCCACAGUUUCCAGUAAAAAAGUUUUUCAAGCAGUUCCUCAAAAGGCAGAGAGAUCAACUUACGCUUCAAGAAACAACCAAAGAAGAUGACACGUUAGUAGACAAAUCUAUAAAUAUAGUAAAUAACAAUGAAAAACAGAGUCAAGGAGAACUGUUUGCUUUUGCUGACUGUGAAGAUGGGACUAAGAGGAAAAAAAAAGAUUCCCCCGCUAUUAAAUUAAAAAGAAAAAAAUCUGCCAACAUCCCUGGUGACGGUGAUACUGUGUCCUGCAUUUCUGAGGCUAAUCAAACACGAAAGAUGACCAGGGGACAGCUUUCUAGAGCUUCUCGAAAAAAACAGGAGAAAGAAGUUCUACAGGUUGCUGAUGUAAAUUAUGGAAGGGAGAAGUCUCUGGUUUCUGCUGAUGUUUAUGUUGAAGAUGUUCUGUGGACAGAAAAGUACCAGCCCCAGAAUUCUAAUGAAAUGAUUGGAAAUACAACUGCAAUUAAAAAAUUACACAGUUGGUUGAAAGAAUGGAAGGUCAGAGCGGAAAAGGAAGAGAAAAGGAAUCAAAUGCAAAAGACAGAGAAAGACAAAGAGUCUGGGGACCAUGGUGACUUUCUUGAUGACAGCUCUGAUAGUGAGGAAGAGUCCUUAUGCAACACAGUUCUCAUCACUGGCCCUUCUGGAGUGGGAAAGACUGCAGCUGUUUAUGCCUGCGCCCUUGAACUAGGUUUUAAGGUAUUUGAAGUUAAUGCCUCCUGUCAACGUAGUGGAAGACAGAUUCUUGCUCAGCUUAAAGAAGCUACACAGUCUCACCAAGUGGAUCAGCAGGGUGUAAAUGCACACAAGCCUUGUUUCUUUAAUAGUUGUAGUGGAACAAAAUCUCCAAGGAAAUUAAGCUCUCCCAGAAAAGUGGUUGUUUCGUCACCAAGGAAACCUCCUGCAUCACCGAGAGGAAUGGUACAUAAGAAAGGAUUGGCCCCAAAAUCCCUUGCAAACUUUUUUCAAGGACCUUCAAAAAAUGAAGUGAAAACAAAGGUCCAAGAAAUUUCAAAGUCUGCUGCUAAAAUGAAAUCAGAUGUAGUUACAGAAAGUAAGAGGAAUAAGCUCCCAGUAGCGGAGAGAGGACAUGGAUCUGAGGAGUCACAUCGUAAAACUGCUACAUCUCUUAUACUUUUUGAAGAGGUAGAUGUUAUAUUUGAUGAUGAUUCUGGAUUUUUAGCAGCAAUUAAAACUUUUAUGACCACUACAAAAAGGCCUGUCAUUCUUACUACAAAUGGUCCAUGGGAGGGAGAGGACUUCUUACACCUUAAACUGCCUUACUAUCCAGCAGAAAAUGAGACUCCAUCUUUGCCUGUGGCUCAGGGCCACACAGAGAGAUUACUCUUGUGUCUUCAGGCGCACGGUUGGAAGGUCAAUAUGAAAAAGAACUCUCUUGUCCUGGCUGUGAGGGUAAACCUUUUGAAUACAAUCAUAGACUCUGUCAGUAUGCACAUUUACGUCAAAGAUCAGCGCAGAGUGAAGCUCCAGAUGAUGGCAUGUCGCCUUCUUCAGUCCAAUGCUCAUCCUUCGUGUAAAAUCUCUCAGGCUGAAGACUGGAGUAAGAUUGUGCUGCUGCUUUCAGAGUUUCAAAGGAAGAAAGUAGAUUUUGUAUCAAGCAAUUUAGAAUUCCUUCUACCUUUAUCCAUACGAUUUUUAGAGCCAAAGAAAAGCACUUUACCAGAGAAUUUGGACUCCGUUUUAUUAACCACUCAAAUAGAAAAUACCCUUGAGGAAAGUCCUAUAAAAAUAUCUGCACAAAUGAAACGCAGGAAAAAAAUGCUUCUUUUGAAUGACAGUGAUUUAUUUGAAAGCGACUGUAAUUCUGCAGAGGAGUUCCUGAGUUUGCCAUGUACAAAUACAACCCAAAGAUUGCAUGAAGAAAACAAAAUACACAAAAAAACACCACUCUCAUUGAAAAAGAGAAAACUUACGUCUGCAGAACAGAAGUCUUCUAAUCAAGUUUUUCAGUCACUCAACACAAUUGCAGAGUUUGUGGAUAAUAUGUCUUAUUUAGAUUGUUGUACAUACACUGACAACUGGGACAAAGAUCAUUUUUACAGAUAUGAAAAUUACAACUGGACAGAAAGUAAAAUAAAAAAUGGCCUUUGUGAUGGGCGUCGAGUAGAAAGCAAUGACUGGUGGAGCGCACACAGUUGUUGUGAAGUGAAAGCGGGCAUAGAAGCUUUUGCUUUCAAAAAAUGUUCCAAUUUUUUAAAAGCUAUAAACACUACUUUGGACUUGUGCAAAGAUUCUGAACCAACUGAGGAGCUUACAAUACAAGUUUCUAAACACAGAGAUGAGCUAUUAUUUGAGCAGUCCUCCCCUUUUUCAAUUACUGCAGAGAAGCGGCUCUCUCUAGUUAGAACAGUAUUAUCAAACCGGUCCUUUAUCAAUUUGGGAAACAGACCGGCAAAUGUCACUGAAUAUCUACCUGCCCUACGUGCUAUUUGUAAGUUAGAGAAGUUGAAAGAACAAGGAAAGACAAAGCGAAGAUUUCUUCAUUACUUUGAAGGAAUUCAUCUAGAGUUACCAAAAGCUACAAUGAAUAGCCUUGCUGAGGAUUUUCCUUAAAAAAAAAAAAAUGAUGCAGCAAAUGGAGCUGAAAAUGUGUUGUCUUCAAAUUGAUGAACGGCCCCUUUGCCAACUGUUGCUAAGUGCAUUGCCCGAUAAUAGGAGAACAUGUAUGGAGUUCCUUAAGCAGAACAAGUAUACAUUUCAGUAUAUUUCCAUUUCAUUACUGGUUUUAUAACAAGAACCUUUUCAUAAGUGACUUUGGUAAGAAAUUGUCCAUGUAUUAGUAUCUAUAUUGUUAAUAUAAGGAAUUCACAACACAGUGUUUAAUAAAAUAAGUUUACACUUAUUCUGGAAAAUCUUUAUAUAUUUUUGAUAGUUUUAGAACUUUCAGAGGUUUAAAAGGAAAGUAUGGGCAAAUAUAUGCUGAAGCUGUUUAGUCUCAUUAUACUUCCAAUAAAAUUACUAUGUAUGGUGGCUUAAAUUAUUAUGAGGUGCAUUUAGUUUAAAGGGACUGAAAUCACCUGUGAAAAGGCAAUCAUUCCAGUGGCAAUUUAUGGCAUGUUUAUUCUGUAUACAAUGCUUAGGCCAUAUAGCCACAUUAUAGACCAUAAUGUCCCUUUUAAAGGAAUGGGAAAAUUUACGAGACCACUUACAAAUACAGUGGCAAUAAUAAACCUUGUAUCAAAUGGUAUUCAAGCACUGUGCUUUGUAUUAGAAAAAAAAGAAACCCAAAAACUUUUACUUUUGAACUCCCAAAUCUGUCCUCUAAAAUAUUUUGUCUCUUGACAGAUAUAUUGAUACAGCUGAUAUUGUUUUUAAGAAUUUGUAAUUACAAAAUUAUUUAAUUUAUAAAUGGUUUUAAAUCAUGUCAGUGUCUGUUUAAUUACACCCCUUUUUCCUUAGGUGAGGUGCUUAUUCUGGGAAAACACCAGAGGAGUGUGUACCUGAUGUCAUAUUAAGUAUAAUUUAUCUAUUAGUGGCUACUAGACAUGUGCAUGUAGGUUUUUCGCUUUGAAACAAGUGCCAAAUAUGGCCGCCGCCAGCAGCAUUCAGCUCUUUUCAGAGCCAGAUUUCCAAACACAAAGCUCUGUGCAGAAACCAACCUGCUCCAAAAAGAGCCAAAUGCUGCUGGGGGUGGCCAUAGUCGACAUUCAUUUUAAAACAAAACACCUGAAUGCACGUAUGUAGUAGCUACCAAACUUAAGGUUCUAGAAAUUUUUUAAUGGCUUAUAACUUAUAUGCUAUUUUGUCAACAUCCGUAUACCAUUCUAAAAUGUCUUAGAAUGCACAUUGUAGUUUAAAGCAUGCCUAUCAUGUGUCUUAAAUGAAUGAACUAACACACUUUAAAUGUAUGAGUCCAUUCAUUUUUGUUCAUACAAUGCUUUUGUCUUAGUCCUACUAAUGGGCUAUACUAGCUGUUGACAUUGUUAAUAACCCUUCUAUUACAAAAAGUUAAACAUCCUAACAUCACCCAGGAACAAUGGAUGUCUGUGCAUAAAAACAUAGCAACAUACUAACUUACAUAAUCUUAUGAUUCUUAAAUUACAGAUUCCUACCUCACACAUGAAAACAAAAUGUUGGUAUAAUUUGGCAAAUGGUACUAAUGCAAAUAUGCUAAAAAAAAAAAAAAUAGUAUCAUUGAUAUACCUCUUCAUUUAGGGUCACUGCAUUUUGUGAACAGUUUGAGCCAAUGUAUCAUUGUUUUCUUCACAAAAACAUGGGUGGUUAAUUGACUGUAAUUUAGCAAAUUAAAUGCAGUAGACACUGUGUAGAAUUGUACAGUUUAAAUCAAUUUGUACAGCUUUGUAAACAAUACUAUUUCUAUUAAUUAAAUUUGGCUUUUUUUCUGAAAAUAUUGUAUAUAUAUAUUUUUUUUUUAACUUUAAUGUAUCAUACACUUGCAUCUUUAUGUUUGUGAACUAUGAUAUUCUGUAAUUAAGAGUUGUUGUUUUUUUUUUUUUUUUAAAUAAAAAGCUCUUCCUAAUUAAACUCAAA